AUGCUUCACCCUCAGCUAGAAGCCCAGAUCCAUGCCCACAUCGUGAAGUCACCCUCGCCGCACCUCCUGAACUAUAUCAUUCGAUCAGCCGCCCACUCCGCCGUCCCCGAGGCAGCCCUCCACGUCUUCAACCACUUGCUCCGCCGCUCCGCCCCUCACGAUCACUUCUCCUUCACGUUCGCCGUCAAGGCCUGCUGCUCCCUCCUCCGUCGCCACGCCUGCGCCGCCACCAAGGGCCGCGAGAUUCACGCGCGCGCCCUGAAGUCCGGCCACUUCGCGGACAUCUUCGUCCAAAACUCCCUCGUCAGCCUCUACGCCGCCUCCAGCGACGUCGACUCCGCUAGCUCCGUCUUCUCCGGCAUCACUUUCCCCGAUGUCGUCUCCUGGACUUCGUUCAUGGCGGGGCUCGCCAGGAACGGGCGAAUCGCGGAGGCCAUCGCCGUCUUCUCCCGCAUGGAUUUGGAGCCCAAUCCGGUGACCCUCGUCGCCGUGCUAUCGGCCUGUUCGCGACUGAGAGCGCUGCAACUGGGGAAAUCCGUCCACGGGCACAGACUGAGGACCACCCAUGGUGAUCGCAACAUCAUCUUGGACAACGCGAUCAUGGAGAUGUACAUGCGAUGCGGCGCCACAGACACCGCACGUCACAUGUUCACUAUAAUGACCCACAGAGACGUCUUCUCCUGGACUACGGCGAUCUCCGGUUGUACUCGAAACGGGCGCCCCGACGAGGCCAUCUCCGUCUUCCGCGCCAUGGUGCUGUGCGGAGAAGCCGUGCCCAACGAGGCGACCCUUGUGAGCGUGCUCGGCGCCUGCGCUUCCAUGGCGGCCUUGACCUCGGGGAAGUGGGUGCACUCUUACAUGGACAUGGCAGGAGUCGGAGUUGGAGGGAUCGCAGGGAACGCGCUGAUGAACAUGUACGCCAAGUGCGGGGACAUGGCCAGCGCCCUCGAGGUGUUCCAUGAGCUCCCCGAGAAGGACUUAACGGCGUGGUGCACCCUCAUUGGAGGGAUGGCGCUGAACGGGCUCGGAAAGCACGCCAUCAAGCUGUUCUCACUGAUGAUACGGCACGGGGUUCAACCCGACGGAGUCGCCUUCCUCGCGGUCCUCUCUGCCUGCCGGCACGCGGGCCUGGUCGAUCAGGGGCUGCUCUUCCUCUCCGCCAUGGGCAGAGCUUCCUGCGUCAGUCCCGAGAAGCAGCACUACGGAUGCGUCGCCGACAUGCUGGGCAGAGCCGGCAUGCUGGAAGAAGCCGAGGCUUUCGUCGCGGAGAUCAUGCCCGGGGGCCUCGACGGCGCCGUCCGCAGCGCUCUGCUGAACGCCUGCAAGAUCCACGGCCGCGAAGCGAAGGGCUGCAAGCACCUGGUGGACGGGGAACUGGCCGGCGGUGGGGGCACCUACGCGCUCUUGUGCAACGCGUUCGCCGGAGCCGGAGACUGGAGCCUCGCCGUCGGCGUGAGGGACGCGAUGAGGCGGAAGGGCGUCAAGAAGGCGGUCGGCUGCAGCUGGCUCGAUCCCCCUCUGGAACAGCCAACUGCAUGA